GUCAGCUGUCUACAAUCUACACUACAACUCUUUUGCUGCAGACUGGCUGAUAAGUAUCCGAGUAGAGUACUUCAACAGUCCCACAGCUGCAAUCGGCUCUCGUGCAACUGCUUCUCGCAUGGCUAUACCCAACACACUCACUGCAGGAGCAAAGUACGCAAGGGAUAUGAGUCAUGAUUCAGAGAAACCGUGCAUUAGUAGAUACACCAGGACCAGCCUCAAAUAAAAGGAUGAUAGUAAUACACCAGAAACAAGGAAGAAGAAAAAAAAAAGAAAAAACAGGAAAAGCUACUAUGCCAAUGGCUGCAUAUAUUCAUGCGCUGCUCUCUGCACUACAUGAACAGCACAAAGUGAGAGUGAGUGACGAGGGUCAGAAAAAAAAAAAAAAAGCCAGGGCUGGCAGACCAAACAAUCCUCUCAGCGAACACAAGCCGAUGUCAGAAUUGGUGUGUAAUACCAAGUCGUUGUCAACUGGAGUCGUUCAAUUCGAGGUACUGGUGGAAAAGAAAGAAAAAAAAACAAAUCAAACACACAUGCAGUAGGGUCUCACGGAGCCUUGGCUCGGACGUCGCCCGUUUCUAUGAAUCGCUUCGCCAUCGCUUUCGAAUUCAGAGCGCGCUCGCUUGUCAAUUAUAACGCCGGGAGAACACGUCAAGCUUGUCUU